AUGGAUGAAAAAGGUUCGCUAAAAGUAUUGAUGACUUCAAUGAUUGGCAUUGGCCAUUUGAAUGCAUGCAUUGGAAUUGGUUCACUUCUUCGUAAACGCGGUCAUCAAGUUUACUUUGCCCAUUUUGACGUAAACAAGGAAGUUAUUGAAAAGCAUGGCUUUCAUUACAUCUCAUUGUGUGAAUACAAUGAUAAAAAUUAUCCCAUAAUGGAUGGAAUGCCACCCAAUAUUGUCGAAGUAUUCAAGAAACGAUUUGACAUGGCGAGUAGAUAUUCGAGUUUGGACAGUUUGAAAGAGUCAAUAAAAUCUGGUUUAGGUGCUAAUGAUGGCUUAGUCUUUAUUCUUGAAGCUGCUAAAGGUGAGAACUGUGCAAUGCUGAACAUCAUUGAGAAGAUAAAGCCAGAUGUUUGUUUAGUGGAUCAUUUAUGGACUAUGCCUUGGACGGUUAAAGCUUCAUGUCCAGUGAUUCCUGUUUGGUCAGCAUCGCCAGUUGAUCUGUAUAAUGGUCCAUCGAUGGGUUCAGGUUAUUCAGUACAUGAUCCACCUGAGCUUUGGUCUGAAUACCAUAAGUUGAGAGAAGAGUUUCAAAAGGAUGCUGUAACGAAAGCGAAGGAAUUGUACGAAUUGUUUGAUGCUGAAUUCAAGCCACAGCUUUAUGCAAAGCAACUAGGAAUUUACAUUUACCCUGGUCCAUUGGAUUACCAUGAAUUGGGUCCACCAAAAGAAAACUGGGUUCGUCUUGACUCAUCCAUUCGGGCACCAGAAACACCGAGCUUUGAACUACCAGAGAAAUUGAAAGAUAAACCAGGAAAAUUGACUUAUGUCUCAAUGGGAACAUUGGCUUCGUCCGUGAUUGAACUAAUAUCCAUGAUACUAACUCCAUUGGCCAACUCACCCCAUCGUUUCAUUGUUUCGACUGGUAUGAAUGGUGACUCAAUUAAACUACACGAAAACAUGUGGGGAUCCAAAUUUAUCAAUCAACUUGCUCUUUUACCCAAAGUUGAUUUAUUCAUAACUCAUGGAGGAAGCAAUUCUUUGAUUGAAGGCUUGACUGCUGGCAAACCAUUGAUAGUUAUUCCCCAAUUUGAUGAUCAACUUGAUAAUGCUCAACGAAUAGCUGAUCUUGGUUUAGGUGUGAGGAUAAACUUGUAUGAAUUUAGUGGUGAAAAGCUUUUAAAAGCCAUUGAAGAUGUGCUCAAUGAUGAAAAGAUUCAUGCAAAUGUUGCUCGAGUCAGUGAAGAGCUGAAAAGGACAGAUUCAAGAGAUAAAGUUAUUUCUCUCAUUGAACAAUUCGCUCGAAAUAAAACGCUUUGA